AUGGAAAGUCUCCCAUGCGAACUCAUGAUCCUGAAUAUAGUUUCACGGCUUUCUGUAUCAUUUUUAGUACAAUUCAAGUCUGUAUGCAAAGAUUGGCGCAUGUUAGCACAAGAUCCUGAUCUUGUUAAUAUGCACAGCACACGCAUAGGUGAGAGCAAUCCAUGCCUCAUCUUCCGCUGUAAUUAUCUAAUCAGAAACCAGCUUUACUUUGUCAAGCUCCCUGCUUGCAUCAACAAGAAGGAAAAGGUGAAAAACCUACAUGUGCCUUUCUCUACUACGAUGCCUGAGUUUGAUGUUGUAGGCUCAUGUAACGGUUUGCUCUGCUUAUCUGAUCCAUUGUUUAGUGAUGCACUCUACAUACAUAAUCCAUUCUCCAGGAAUUACCAAGUGCUCCCUAAAUCCAUACAGUAUUUGAAUCAAGAGCUGGAUUUUGGAUUUGGGUUUCAUCCCACAACCAAGGAAUACAAGGUGAUUAAGUUUUAUUGCAACUACAAGAUACUAGAGAUAUGGGUGAUGAAAAAGUAUGGUGCGGGUGAGUCUUGGAACAAGAAAUUCCGUAUAGGAAACUAUGUGCCUAUGGGACUUGAAAAGGAUGAGGACCAAUAUUUUGAGAUUUUGAAGAACAUUUCGAAAAGAAGCGCUCUUAUUAGCAAGCUAGGUUGGCAGAUGGUCAAUGAGAGUGACAACACUUGGAAGAGAAUGCUCACUGAGAAAUACUUGAAUAAUUCUUCCUUCUUAAAUAUCAGUCAUAAACCCUCUUAUUCUUGGAUUUGGAAAGGGAUCCUUAAGCAAAAGGAUUUCCUGAAAACCAGUGUCUAUUUUCAGGUCAACAAUGGAGUGAGUAUUAAAGUUUGGACUGACCCCUAG